UUGUUAUGAGAUUGGAGUGGAUUAGAAAUAAACAGGAUCCUCUAGAUGAGGUUUCGUCUUAUCUAAGAGCACCUAUCAUUCAGCGAUGAUGUUGACUCUACCAGAUCUGUUUAAACAGAUCUUAUCAUGGAAAGGAAAGUGAAAGGGUUUAGCUUUAAGUCUAGUUUGUUGGAUUUGCUGUUUCUGUGAAGUACCGGGAAACAUGUUUGGUAAGUAACGGGGUGACUGAUGGAGGGAAAAGGCCCAUAUCGCAUCUAUGACCCCGGUGGGAGCGAUUGCCAGGUCAAAGACGAGGCCAGCAGCCUCAGCUACAGACAGCUGCUAGAGGAAAACACCGUUUUGAGGGAGAGAAUGAAAGGUCUGAAGAGUUUAGGAGACUUGUUAGAAGAGUCUCAGACAGAGGCAGCAAAACUUCGGAAGAGGGUGGAGGAGUUGGUGAGGGAUAAUGAAGUGCUGAAGUCGUCUAUGACCAGCUUUGCCUCGAGCCUAUGCAUGGGUGCCCCUGUUCAGACAGACAAACAAGGUCAUGGGAAACUUCGCAGUCAUCCUACAGCAGAAAGACAAGAAUCUCGGGAUUGUUUAACUGGAAAUACUUUACAACCAGAGGCAACUGAAAGUUCAUCGGAGUUUGAGGUGGUGAAUAUGGAAGAGAAGACACUCUCUGAAACCCAGACGCAGGCUGGAGUGACGCAUCUGCCACAGGAGAACAUGGAGCUGGCGAGUGAAAUCCAACGACUGGAGAGUUCUUUCAGUGUAUUUGCUGAAGAGUCUAAUCCCAACCAGCUGCUGGCUCACCUGGGCCGCAUGGCGGUGGAGUUCCACCACUUAUCAUCCAAGGUCCAGAAGAAUGAACAGAGAACAUCUCUCCUACAGACGCUCUGCGAACAGCUCAGAAAGGAAAACAACGAGCUUAGGAAAAAAAUGGAGGAGGAUCUUCAGUACCGGAACCGUGAUUUGGAACAGCUCAGGCAGGAGAACCUGAAACUGAAGGAGCAGGUCAGCGGAGGAGGCCAGGAAGCACCUAUUGAGCAACCAAGUCCCAAAAAGGAGCCAGUGAAAGAGGAUGCAGCCAAAACCAAGGUGGAAAUGACCAUGACUCAGCAGCCUAGCAAAGCUGUGGAAAAAACACCAUCUAAGACUUGCGAUCCAGAGGUUUACGAGAAGAAGAUCAAGCUUCUUGAGAAACAGAGGAAAGAUGUACUGGAGGUGAACAAACAGUGGGACAUUCAGUGGAAUUCUAUGAAAGCACAGUUUGAGCAGAAGAUCACAGACCUACGGCAGCGGCUUGCCGACUCCCAGAAGGCCGUGCUUGAGCUUGAAGCAGAACGUGAACAGAGACAAAGAGAUUAUGAUAAAAAACUCCUCCUCGCAAAGUCUAAGAUUGACAAUGUGCAGGGUGAGAAGGAGUGCCUCACCUCAGAGACAUGUGAGUUGAAACAAAAGGUGCGUUACCUGCAGGACCAGUUGUUGCCGCUUACAAAACAAAGAGAAUACCAGGAGAAAGAGAUCCAACGGCUCAACAGGGCAUUAGAGGACGCUUUGAACCUCCACUCUCCUGCUUCCACCCAACCAGGCAUGAACCUGGGAGAAGGUGUGGCCAACCUGAGACAGCAGGAGCUGCACACACAGAUAGCUGUUUUGAAGGAGCAGGUGAAAAUCUUUGAAGAGGACUUCCGGAAGGAGAGGAGUGAUAGAGAGAGGAUGAACGAAGAGAAAGAAGAUCUGAGGCGGCAGGUGGAAAGGCUGCAGGGUCAAAUGACCAAUCUGACAAACCAGCUUCAUCAAGCACAGAAUGAGUGUCAGAGAGAGCGUGCUGAGAGGUGUAAACUGGAGAGACUACAGAUGCAACAUAAGCAGGAGGGGCAACAAGAAAGGAGGACGUCCGAUCCCACUUCUGGCUCUGCCAAUGGCCCGAUAAGCCCUCCGUACUGUGGCCCCUUUGUACAGGUGGGCCAUCAAGGCCUGGAGGGGUGGCCCAUACACUUCCCGCCCAGGAUGCCUAACAUUAGUACGGCACCUGGCAGGGAUUUCCAGCCUGUCAACCCUGGUUUUCCCUGGCAGUCAUCUUUCCCACAACCGCGUGGUUCCAGAGGACAAGCAGACACAGCGAGACCCCCUCCAGAAACUGCAGAAAUGGGAGCAACUGGAUUUGGGAAAAGGGAGCGUCAGAACAUAGAUCCCGGAAAGCACUAAACGCAUAUUCUAUCUCCUGGAAUGGCUCCCGGCUAGUAGCAUGAUGCAGUUUAUUUUCAGUUGGCAUGGUGUGAACUAUUGUUUUGUUUUUUUGUUUUCUUCCUACUGUGUAUAUAUAUAUACCACUGAUGAAAAUGUUGUUUAUAUACUUAAGUUUUAUAAUCCUGUUUGUGAAACACUGUUCUGGCAAAUUAAGAAUAUAUACAAUUUAUUAUUUUACCUUUUUAUUAUUGUUGAAGUUUUAAAUUAUCUGCUUUAUAUAAUUCUAUGCAGGAAUUGAAGUCAGUUAUUUAAUGGAUAAUAUGAUUGAACAUUAUUUUUUAUAGCAAUCUACCUAUAGAGUUAAAUCUCCCCAGCUUAAUUGAAUAACCACCACCUGAAAACGGUAUAUUUAGUGAUUCCCUGACAUAUAAGAAUGUGUUUUGAUAUUGAUGCAUCUACAAAAACGUAACUCUAUAGGUGAAUUGUCUUGAAAAUGGCUAACGGUUGAAUGUGACUGAACUGAUUCAUGAUUCCUUCAUUGGCCGUGUUUGGGAUGGUCACACACCGUCUGCGUAUGCCACCACAGGGUGGCGUUACGCUCUGACUGGUCAUCUGUCCCAUUGCUUAAGGAAGCCAUAUCCAGUACAACACCUUUCCAUCUAUUAGAUUAUGUUCUUCACAUGGCUUGUUGAUCUUUCAGAUAUUAGGAUUGUAAUUGAAAUAAUUGAUCAAGGAGGGCCUUCAUCAGCUCCUAGUAAAUGGUCGCCAGAAGUAGUUUUGCUUAAUAUUGUUCAUGAUUCAGUGUUCAAAAACAUUAUUCCAAAUGGAAGUGAUAAGUUAUUUAUAUCUAUUGUUUUGACAGCCGAGUGUGGUUUAAUGUCUUAAGUAAUGUUGUCUUUAGUGUAUUGUUUUGUGUCUCCCUUUACAUAUUGUAGCUACUGGAAGAUUGUAGGAUUUGAGUUUGUGUGUUUCACAGAAAGUGGGCCAGAAUAAAUAAGUUAAUGCAUCACAUUAGUCCAGCCCACUUUUCAUUGCUCUCGUUCUUGAUCAAUCACUGGAUGUCUAAUUUAUAAUGGGUCCAAUGUUGCACUCAAAAGCAUUGUAACAUGUUUGGAACAAAAUGAUCUGGGUAAGAGUAAUAUCCUUUAUCCUUUUACGGUCAUCCGCCAUCAUGAAGGCUGUUUUUUCUGGAUGUGUGCAGUCCGUGUCUCCAACUGCAGAGACCAGUGCUUUGAACCGAACGCAAAAAGGUUUGUAUGCUCACAAUAUUCCCAAAGGCGAGCAAUUAACUUGCUUCAAAAACGUGUAAUAUUUGACAUUAGACAGGUACCGGUAUUUAUUUUCUGAAUAUGUGGUUGAAUUUAAUGAACAGAACGAGUUAAGGUUAGUGUUUUCAACUUGAAAUGUCUUUGCUCAUUUCCAUGAUUUCCUGGUUGGCGGUUUUGUUUUUUUUCCAGUGGGUGAAAGCAGAUCUCAUGUGAAACUUUUGUAAUUGAUUAGUAUAAUAAAUAUAUUCUAACUGUC